GCCAAAUCCUUUACAGAUCAGCGAGUCAUGAAACUGCAUCUUCCGUAGUCCAAUGCUAUCCAAAGCCGUUUUGUGACAGCUCGCUAAUGUACCUUUGCCCUUGCCAUCACAUUGCAGCCUCACCCGGAUCGGCUGAAAAUAUCGCCGAAUCAACAACAACCGAUUGAUGCUUCAGGAGUGAACGGCUUUGAUGAAAUUUUAAAGACAAUGUUGAACGAGUCUGCGAGAACCGUGUUCAAGAGAACUUUGAUUAGGGGCUUACCCCAUGUCAUUCAUGUCACCGUCAUCACACAUGUGCUUACUUACCACAGGAUUUCGCAACCAUGUUUAGACAUGGGACAUUCUCUGAGGAUCGCCUUGAGACAUGAGCUGCGCUGUUCUGUCUCACCGCUGGCGAGGCUGAGCUUUGUCCGACCAGAUGCGCAUCCAGCUAAAUUUACCACGCUUGUGAAUCUUGAGCUGCGAGAUACGCAAUGGUGCGAAACUAGCCUAGUUCUGGAAAACGGUGCUUCGGACUGGCCAUAGGAAAAUCACUUCUUCUGGGGCAUAGAGAGCUGGUAGCAGUAGCUUUCAUCAAC